AUGAAAAACUCUCACUUUGGUGAAGCUCCAACGCCCAGACCUACCACCACUUCCACCCAAGACCGGCGACUUUCCACUGUUGGAGAUAUUACAGCUGAGCUUUCAACGCAUGUGCACCAUUUCUCACCCCAUCCGAGCUUUCAAUUACCUCCGGUUGAUCCGUCGAUCCAACUUCCAUCUUCCCCUGGACCAUAUUCUGCUUCACAAAGUCAUUUCGAUGACCUAUCGCCUACCAAGGUAACUCCUCGGAAGCCCAGAAAACGUUUGGAGGAAGCUUUCAGUGGACAAACGGCAACGCCUCCAGCAUCUCAGUCCAAGGGAACGAGGAAAUUGGCACCAAAGAUCUCAACAGAAACAAUGCAGAAUGAUCCUCGGGAUGGCCACUAUGGCGCAUCGCAGACUCCCACACAUACUAACCUUAUGCCAUUUCCUUCCAACGCCGGGGAUUUCUUUAGUUAUCCAAUGUCGGCUCCGGCCACUGCUCCGGUUUUCAGUAAUACCAAACCGUUCUGGGAUCCAGAUGCAAGCAUGAGUGGCAUGGAUCUUGAUUUCAACACUGAUGAUGCGGGGAUGUUCAACAUGAGUUCGCAUAAAAUUAGCAACUCUUUCGAUUGGGGAAGAAAUAAUCAGAUGUUCCAAGAAACUGUGAAUGCAGCACCGACCCAAACCCAGAAUGCACCCACUCAGAAGGAGCCACAGGUCACUUCUAAACGCCAACGACCACUAGCUCCCAAAUUACCCAUCACAACAUCUGGACUUCCCACCUCUUUACCACCGUUCGAAUUCAACAAUAACUCUGCAUCCGAUGAUCCUUUUUCGGCAGUCUCAAUGGGUGGAGUAGAUCCAGGUCUGCUUUUUGGGGACACCAACCCUAUCCCCAUGCCUUCAGAGUUUGCAGACGUGCCUCUACCAGCAACACGUCCAGUAACAAGUUAUGCUGAGCUGAAACCAUAUCAACACCAGCUACGAGAAUCAAAGAGGGAUUUAGAGGAAUUGCAGCGAUCUCGUAGUUCGAGGGAAGGUAGCAAGGCCAGACGCAUCGAUAGAGGGACUGUGAGUUCUCCUGUCAAAGGUUCUGCGCGGCCAGGACUGCAGAGGAGUGUGAGCGACAGUCGUGGCAGAAGGACUCAAGGUAACUCCUUUGGCACUAGCUUUUAUCAACCUCGACUGAGCUCAGAUACAGACCGUGCUGUCUCCCGCGGUGGUCGAGUAUCUCCUGUAAAGCAGCAACGUCCAAGUACGCUGAAGUCGAUACCUGAGAUGUCAACACCACGAAUGCGAACUGAGUUGAAGUUCACUAUUGAUUCAAAUGGAAGGGCAAAAACGGAGAGAGUCAUCGUUGGGGAAGAGCCAAGGACGACUAGAGGAGGGCCAUCUACGACGCACGAGGACUGGGACUCCUCACACUAUGAAUCUUCGUCAGAUGAUGAGCCCAUCCUGGUCCCAAGCCGCAACACUUCAUUCUCACUACCGCAACCAAGCAAGGCACCAAGGCAUAGUAGACUCGAGGCAUCCAAUCGUGGCUCAGACAUAAGACGACACAGUGCCAGUGGUUAUAGCCAGUCUGAGUCCUCGAGCCAACAUUCAUAUGGACGAGAUAGUGUCGAAAGUGAAGCUGAGACUGUCAUGGAUGGAGACGAUGGAGAUGCAACACGAGAACUACGGAAGGUCAUGGAAAGCCGGAAGCAGAACCAACUAAAAUCACGAAAUCCUCGCCACCAUCAUUAUGGAUCAGAUGCCACUCCUCGAGGCAACUCAUAUGGAAAUUAUGGCUCCUCAGCCAAUUUAUCCCCAACUACGCUUACGGACCCCGCUACUACUCCUUCAAGUACGAGGAGUGGGACAACCCGAUGUGUCUGCAAUAACCCUGAUAGCGAGGGCUUCAUGAUUCAAUGUGAGGCUUGCGAAAACUGGUUGCAUGCCGAAUGUGUAGGCAUUGAUCGUCGAAGUCUUCCACCAGUAUACGUUUGUGCCUUCUGUGCUCAGACUCCCAAUAUGCGAGGAGGUCGAAUCCGCGAGACAAACAAAGCAAUUACGCAUACUCGUAUGGGCUCUUCACCUCUCGCACACAAGUCUUUCAAAUCGUUCCGAUGA